AUGUCGUCGACUCAGACGAUCCAGCUGCGCACAUAUCUCACCGCCGACUCAGGAAGCCAAGGACCUGUGUCAGGCCGCAAUCAAUCCGAAGAAGCCAUCAUCUCCUCAUCACCCAACGAGCCAGAGCCAACUUCAACCAAUGUCACGACCGCAAUCCCAGAUGGUGGCUACGGAUGGGUCGUCGUCGGCUCCUGCUCUCUUAUGACUUUCUGGUUCAAUGGCUUCUCCGGCAGCUGGGGCGUCAUACAAACAGCACUGCUCUCCUCCUCUCUAGAAGGCACACCAACCUCGACCAUCACAUUUGUCGGCUCCCUCAGCCUUUGCUGUUGCGUGGCCUUUGGCCUCUUGUGUGUUCGCCUAAUGGCUAUCGUCGGAGCCCGCUAUGCCGCGCUGAUGGGCAUGUUACUCAUCGGGCUGGGUGAGAUCGCCGCCGGCUUCACAACCUCAAAUAUUGGCGGGCUGUUCUCACUGAUCGGCGUCAUGUUUGGUAUCGGAACAUGCUUGGUCUACGCGGUUGCCAACUCCAUACCGCCACAAUAUUUCUCCAGCAAACUUGGUCUGGCCAACGGUAUCGUCAAGUUCGGCGGCGGCGUCGGGGCCACCGUGCUUUCCGUCACUCUGCAAAGCCUCAUCGAUAGAGUCGGUACGGCGUGGAUGUUCCGGAUCCUCGGCCUCAUGACUCUGGCCACAGGUCUGCCCGCGGCAUACCUCGUCAAGGAGCGGACUCCGCCGACCAACACGCGGCUCGUGGAAUUCAGCAUGUUCAAGAACCUGCCUUUCGUCGCCAUUUUCGUGGCCGCGGCUUUCGGGACCUUUGCCCUCUUCGUGCCACCCUUCUUUCUCCCGCUCUUCGCACAGUCAGCCGGACUGUCGACCCAAACGGGGGCCGCCCUGGUGUCGGCUUUUCAGGCCUGUGCAGCUACCGGCCGCAUCGGCGCGGGCUGGGUGUGCGACCGUAUCGGCCCUAUGAACACGUUUCUCCUCACCAUGGCCAUCAACGCGGUCAGCAUGCUCGCCAUCUGGCCCGUCUCGAACUCGUUGGCGCCCUUGGUCGUCUUUGCGAUACUCAACGGGGUGUCUAACGGCGGCUUCUUUGUGGCGGUGCCGACCACGGUCGCAUUCAUGGCAGGGCCAGGCCUCGCCGCCAUGGCUAUGAGUAUGAACACCACGGGCUGGAUGGCGGGAUACUUGCUGGGAACGCCGAUCGCGGGCUACUUGUUACAAGCAACCGGUGCAGAUAAAGGACAUACCAUCAGUCUCUACAGGCCGGCUAUCUUUUAUGCGGGAGGCGUCGCGCUCGUCAGCAGUUUGUGUGUGCUGCUGGCGAGGGUCAAGGUGCAGAAGGGUGUGCUGAAGAGAGUGUAG